AUGACUACAAUUAAGUCUUCAGACAUAUAGUUUGCUGAUAAUCGGAUACAAGAUAAUCGAUACAGAAAGGCCCAAGUAGUAAACAAAAGUCCUUUAUAGAGAUAAGAAAAUCAAAUUUCUGAUAUUUCCUCUCCUCAUUAACAUAAUUUCUAACAGCGAUCCCAAAGACCAUUGAUAGGAACUAGAAAUAGAUCAGUGGUGAAAUCAAAUAUGUAAACUAGUUAAAAUGAUGCAACAUAAUAAUUAAAACAAACCAUGAUUCAAUGUGAUGACUACAAUGACAGCAAGCAGGGCAUCAUCUCCAGCAAAAAAGUAUAACUUUAAAGCAAAGAGAUUAUCGGACAAUUAAUUACAAUAAACAUCUCAAAUCACUGUUCCACGAAUUAGUCUUAGACAGCUGUAAUAAUUCAUGUUAAAUCCUCACUCUCAAGCAAGUCGAGUUAGUCCAAUGCAUUCUCAAAAAUCUAGCAUAAAUGGAUGAAGGUCAAACAACUUUCAUUCACCAGACCUCCACCAAAUCCCAAUUAAUCAUUUCAAAGACUGAAUCAGGAUUCUCUAUAUCAGCCAUCUCUUGAACCAUUGCCAUCUUUUCAAUCAAUUUAACCUCAGCCAGCUGAGAGAAGGAACAGAAUUUCAUAAAUGGGAGUGCUAUCUCCUCACUAAAUUGUUUCUUCAUCAAAUAUAGAUGCUAAUGUCAAUCAAAACAUCUAAAUAUCAAAGCCACCUCAGAGUUUCGGAUCAUUCCUUAGUGUGUAACAAGCUACUAUUCAAUAGUAAAAUGUGGAUAGGUCACCAGAAAAUAGGAAUUUAAAUUUCAAUUGCAAGGCUGCCUAAAUUCAGACUGAUUUAAUCUUAAUAGGGGAUGAAAUAUCUAUCAAUCAAAUCAAUUUUGCUGAUGUCAAUAGCAGUGUUCGUUACAUCCUCUAGCUUUAGACCGAAAAUGAUAGGUUAAAACAUCAGCUACAACAAACAAUUAUCAAUUCAGAAAGUUUGAAAUUGGAAAAAGAAAAAAUCGAACUAGAGAAAGAGCAGUAUAGGUAGAAAUACAAAAGAGUCAAAAAAUCAGUGAUUACCUACGAAGAUAGGGCAAAAUAAUAUUAAUAGUUAUAUGAUUAACUCAAGAAGCAAAAAAAUCCAAUUGAAUCAAGAGAUAGAGCAUAUUCACCAGCUGACAGUAGUGUAGGAUAGGCAGUCAAUAUUUACUUAAAAGAUAUGACUCUGAAAUCUGGGCAAUACAAUCCUUGCGAGGCAGAUUCAAUUAAUGAGUCACAUAAGAUAGAUAAGAGUAUGAGUAUUAAAACUCGAGUAAAUGAGAAUUCGCCGAACAAUCAAUCUUAGUUCUAGUCGAUGAAUGAAAAGAAUAGAUAGAUUAGAUCUAAGACAAUGCAAGGGUUAAAGCCACUCCCUCAAAAUUAUAAGAAUCAAUUAUCAAUCCCUGAUCAUAAUUUAAAAAACAUGGGAGUCAUCGGAGAUUCAAAGAAAUAGCUCACAUAAAUUAGCUCAUUUUUAACUAUGUAAUAUAUAAUCUUGCCUUAAAAUUAUAGUGAUAAUUAAUCCAAAGUACACUCUUAGCAUGAAAAUGAUAAACUAAUAAACAAUGAUAUCUCUUUAAAUAAUCAAAAUGAAAAAUUUUUCUAACGUACAAACAAUAAGGAAGGACUUAUCCAAGUUGAAAUAGACAAGUUAAGUGAAUCAUCUUAAAGGGCUACAUCAGUUCACAAGCAAAAAUCUGUACAAGUUUUAAAAUCUCAUAAUUUGGAAAUGCCAAAUAUGGAUAGAAUUGACAGAUAAGCAUCUAAUAAAGGACAAUUUUAGAAGCUUUUGAAUAGCAAUACCCUAAGCAAUCUCUCUCGAGGAUAGACAAUUUCUAAGCAAGACACAUCUAACAUAAGAGAUAGACUAAUGAGUGAGUCGUAAGGUGGCUCAAGAGGAAGAUUUUCUAGCGAGGAUGAUUAGCAAGUGGCUUAUACUCUUCUAAUUAAAAUAAUUUAGAGCAUGUUAAAUAAAGAAUGUAACACAAGAGAGCUAUUCCAAGAAAAACUUUAUGACUACGACACUAAGACUGCAAGCACAAAAGGAAGUGAAUAUAUUUUGAUCGAUGAUUUUUUCAUCAUCAUAACUCAGAAGUUUUUUAGCAUAGCAAACGAUGAGAAAGAUAGAUUUAAGAAAGUUUUCGCAGAAAUAUAUUAAGGUUAAUACACAAUUUUAGACUACAAUGACUUGGAGUAAAAUUUGUUUUGUCUUGAAUCUGGUACAUCUUAUACUUAUAUGCAAGGGAAAAUUAAUCUAAAAAUGCUGGAUAACAAAGUAUAUAGAGUAUUCAAUCGAAUGAAUAAGUACAUCAAAGAGCAUUAUAAUGGAGAAUAUGAAGAUAUGAUCAAUGAAUUAAAUCCAAAGAUAUCGUAGAUUACAAGGAAAAUGAAAGUAAUUAGAGCAAUUGACUAGGAAAUUUUUAUGAAAUUUCUAAGAGAAAAAGGAAUAAGAAAGUCAGCUUCAAUCAUGAUAAAUUUUGAAGAUCUAUUUAAAAUAAGAAAGCGAAAGCCUAUUUUGAUUAACAUUGACAAACUUAAGAAUUGUCUUGAGAUGUGCAAGAUAAGCAAAUUCGUACAAUUACUUAAUACUAAAAAGAGACAUCCACCUAAAAAUCAUAAUCUUUAAGCAAUGUACUAACUUAAUGGAGUUAUUUAAGAAGAAGGAGAGGAUGUGAAGACUAAUUCUUUCACUUCUGACAGAUCACUCGAAAAUCAAUAAUGA